AAUGGAAUUGGCUGCGCUUGAGGGAUUUUUUUAGUAUUGGAUUCAGCGACCGUUCUGAGCAGACGUCACUGUUGGGUCUCGUUAAGGUUUUGCUGAAAUGAUUAAUAGGAUGCAAUCUGCCUUCAAGUAGUUUCUGCUGUCUGACCUGUUAGACUUGCUACAAGUUCACCCUUAGUAAUUGCAAUUUCUGCCAUCUUCAACUUUAAAGGCAGCCUGAUUUGGUAGACUUGCUACCAGUUUGUCUUGAAGUUUGCUUUGCAUCUUUUGAAAAGCUUUAAACAAGACUUGCCCACAUCCGUUUGCGACCUCACUGUGCCCUGGUAACUGCGACCCUAGAUGACCCUAGGCUGAUCUUUGAUAUUACUUGACCUUUGCAGGGCAUUGUUUCCUGUGAACGCCCUGCUGUACAUCCAUGUGAAUUUAAAACAUUGACUGAAGUCACCAUGACUUGGUGUCUGGUGGGGAACUCUGGGGUGGUGCACCUCUUGCCCAAGACCAUGAUGUUCGUUGGAAGAGAGAACUGUGAAAUUAAUAUACCGUCUCGGAGUGUAGACAGGAGACAUUCCGUCAUCACGUUUGAUCGUUUUGAGAGUAGUUUCUCUAUUAAGGAUAUGGAGACAUUGAAUGGGACAUUUGUUAAUGAUACAAGAAUACCGGACCAAACCUACAUUGGUUUGCAUCGUGGAGACUCCAUACGAUUUGGCUAUGAUCCUAUAACGUAUCGUUUUGAUGAAGUGGACGACAGUUGCAUCAGACAGUUUACAGCUGAGAAUGGUGUAACAAAAAUGCAGACGGACAGAAUGGAAGAUUUAAGAGAAGCUCCAGACGUUGAUGAGGGAUGUAGAUAUAAGCAACUUGACCACAUUAUGGAAGAGGAAAUUAUUGAGCCUGACACCACAAACUCGGGUGCGUAUCUGACCCGACCACACACCAGGCAUGACGAGCACCAUGCAUCUCAUCAGUACGAGCAUAGAGCAAAUGCUGCAUUGGAAAACAACAGCAGCAUGUCUUCUCAUAGUAAGACGUCACUGCCUAAACAAGAUUCAGUGACUUCCCCACCGUCUGCUCUCUAUGGUCAGCCAGCAUGGUGGGGUCAAGAUGACCGAUUGGAAGGGGAGGAGUUUAUGGAGGAGAAAGAGGAGGACUCAAGACAGAGGAGCGACACAUACACAUCCAAUGGGAAAGAUAUGCACUCAACGUCAAGCACCAGCAACGUUAAACAACUGGAACGACCCACAAAGCUUCCCCUAAACGAAGCAGAAAGAGACAUUCCCAUUCAUAUGUACACCCGUCGCCCAACAGAUCUCAACCCGACCACCCCAAGUAAACGUGCUCCUACCACCACCCCCGAGCACACCGAGGUCACGCUGGUGUCGGCCUCAGAGAAACACGUCGGCUUCACCAUCGAGUUCAACGCUAAGGAAGACGCUCCCAAGAUGUCCAUGAACGAGAGUCUGAGCGAGUUUGUGCCGGCGACGGUCAAGAAUAAAAUCGAGGAGAGCACGAAGAUCGUCGAGGGUAGAAAAGCCGAGAGGAAGAUGAAGAAGAGUUAUGGUGAUGAUCCAGAUAGUUAUCAGUCACCAAGAGUGUCACCAUCAGCAGUGCAAAAGCUCAACAGUCUCUGGGCCACCUCACCAGGCAAGAAGGGCCCCAAGGUGGGUCAGGGUGACUCCAGAUCGGCCAAUAACUCAGAAGCCAGUAAAGUUGACUCCUCAAAGCAGUUAAAGGUACGACCACUUGUUUCUCCUCGACAACCGACGACAUCCAAAUCAGGCCCCGUUAUGUCGCGCUCAUCUCUUGGCGGCGGCCACCACAGAAGCGAGGCAGAGGAAAACCAGAAUGGGGACAAUGUGAGCGAGUCAGGGACCUAUACCAUUGAGAGUGAGGACCAGUCUAAAGAAGUCCUGGAGGCACGGUCGAAGAUCGAUGAGGUGUUUGGGGUGGAUGCGAGCAUGGACACCAGGCAGGGCAGUGAUGAAGACACCGAUAAGGAUGUCGGCGAUGGGGAGAUCGAAGAGGAGGCUGUAACUGCAGAGGCUGUCCAUACACAACAGGUGGAUAUCAAUAGAUAUUUGGAUCAGGAGUAUGGAAAGCCUAAUGGGCAAGAAAGUGUUAAACCGUCAGAUGCACAUGCAUCCUUUCAGCCAAAGCCACCUGCAACAGGGUCUUCUUCUACUACCCCGGCCUGGGUACGACAAUGGGCCGUCCUAGCGAAUAAAGACAACCCCAAACCUACCCAUGAACACGGCAAAUACAUUCAGGGUACCAAUUCACAUAGUCCAAGGGAUCACGGUGUUGGCGAAGAGUACAAGAACCAUACCCAGGAUCAUGCCCAAUCAGCCGCCCCUAAACCUCCUCCAAGGAGGUCUGGCGGAAAACGCCUCUUGCCGACAACUCCUCCAGAGAGGGGAGACCAACACUUACCCCACUCGACCAGUUUGGACGACUCCCCACGAACCAACGGCAUCAGGCAGUCACCCUCAAGUGCUUUUUAUAGUCCAAGGAACCCAGAGACCACAACGAAGGAAGUAAUUUCGCCCCCAUGGGGAACUCGACCCUCAGAAGUGAAUCCAACGGUAUCAAUCAGCAGAGCAGAUAUAGAUCUCAGACAAUCGCAUGAUGACGAUGGAUUGGACUUAAACACAGAGGUAUCUAUGGAUACUGAUUUACUACUCAAGGACACAGAAACAUUUGUUAAGAAUCUUGAGAUGAGGAUGCGUGGUCGUAAGGAAUCGACACCAUCACCGGAGCUCUCAGAGUCUUAUGACUACUCCCAUCGCUCAUUCGACGGGGAUAUUGACACGGACUUGGAUUCCACUAGUUGUGUUGGUGUGGUUGGGUCUCUUGGGAAUACUUACCCUCAGAGGGGUAACCAAGCGAGUCUUCCACCCUCGGGAUAUCAAGGUAAGAGGAGUAGCGAGGACAGAAAUGCACAAUCCAAGAGCAGUGACACAAAAACACCGGAUUCUAAGAGCAAAAAGGGAAGCAUCUGGAACCGUUUAUCCCAACCUGUGAGAUACAAACGCACUGAGAAAACGCCACAAUCUUCUAAAAACAAAGACUCGUCUGCCGCCUCAGAUUGCAUGAGCGAUUCCAUGGACUCGGCCUCUUUCCGUCGUAACACCAGCCUGUCUGCCUCAUUACCAACAGGACGCGUGACUGGCCGUAAAACUCCCAAGGAGUCGGAUAGCCGGGAUACCAGCCCCAAGAUCAUCAGGAAGAUCAAAGCUAACCUUAGCAAGCCUAGGCAGACCAGAAGCACUAUGUUGCGUAAAUCUCGCUUUGACGGCAAGGAUUCUCCCGGUCCAGAGCAGCAGGACAUCAUCAGCCCCAGCUCAAGCAUGUCCGAUAUGAGCAGCUCCAGAAACCCAUCCAUGCUUCGACGAUCCAGCCUCCAGAAGGACAACGGUCGUUGCCAGAGUCCGAAGGAUAUGCACGCCAGGACAAAAACAACCGGUGCGAGGAUUGACACUGGUAGACAAAGGCUGAGCAGUCGUAGCAGUGAUCAGACACCGAGGAGCGAAGUGAGUCUAGGUGGACAGAUCGCUCAACACGCUCGCAGCCAGUCUCUCAGAGAACCAAAGACGAAUGCCGGUGAAAUGAGCUCUAGAAUCAUGGGUAAAACUCAAAACUCAUCAACAACUUCAUCCGCUAGGACGUCCACGACAACUGCUUCGAGAAAGUUGUCUCAGAGCUCCUCAGAUGCAUCGCCUGUCAAGAAAGCCUCAACUGGAACUUGGAGAAGGUACAAAGAACCACCCGCAGAUGAAAGUGAAAAUAUCAACGCCUACAUCAGAUCUGUCACAGGUCGCCAUUCUUCGCUAUCCAGCGCCGAUGAGAGCAGCAUUAAGUCAGCGCCAAUCUACAACCACUACAAGCCUCGCAGUAACAGCAGCACCACUGCACCCCAGCAGAAGACCGUUUCCAUGCAGCAGUUGAGGGGCAGUGUGUCCCGCUCUCAGCACGAGCUGAGGAACGGUGAUGAUAUCGCCCAGGCUAGCAACUCCCUUGCUCAGAGCUUACAGCGGCUGGCCAAAGGGGAAGGGGCCUUCGGAAUGGCCAUGGAAAACAUACCCAAAGAUGAGAUUCUCUUUCAUUUUGUGAGGAUGAUGGAUGAGAUAUUCUCAGAGGAUACCGUUGGUGUGAACUCUAACAACCAGAGACAGACUGAGAACUACAAACAGCCAUUACAACGCUCUACGUCAGUCAGCAACAACAUCGCCGAAGGUUUAUAUUCUCAGACUCCAGUGUUGGCCAAACCAGGAAGCCCUCCUAUCUCCCUCAAACAUAAACAGUGGAGUAAACCGGAGUCCUUUGACAUGCUGGUGAUGUCCUCAAUAAGUCACCUAUCCAUCAAACUCAAGGACGCUUCCGAUAAAGUGGCUUACAAACUCAAGAAACUUCAAUCUCCUAAUGCCACUGAUGCAGAGCUAGCCCUCGUCCUGAAAGAUACAGAGUCACCGUUAUUGAAGACUCACAAUAAGGAGAUAGCUACUAUCUUACGGAAUAUGAGACAGCUGGAGAAAAGACUAACUGAAAUCAAUGAAAUGAUCGACCCCCGUGAAGAGAUACAACUACCACAGCAGCUCACCCCAGCAGCCCAGAUACGACGUCAGUACAUCAGUGAUUCCUCCAUGCAAGGCAAUGGAUCCAAGACACAACCAUGGAGUAAACCAAGCCCUGCAGAAACGCCAAGAUCUGCAAGGAGUGAUGAGUCGGAGUAUUACCUCUAGAUGGUUGAAGAGAGGUUUUGUCUUUACAUCCUUAAAAGGCACUGGACACUAUUGGUAAUUGUUGAAGACCAGUAUUCUCACUUGGUGUAUCUCAACAUAUACACA